CCUAAUAUACACAAACCAAAGUUUAAGUGAUCGGUGAUCUGCAGUGAUAGCAAAUAGCUGACAGACAAGAAUACAUUACUGGGAUAGUUAGUUUUUUGGCUAAAAUGAUGAUCGUCUUAUAUCUUCUCGGGUGUGUAACUCUCACAGGGGUGUAUGCGUCCCCAAAUGGGGCUCCGAUCACAGCCUGUGUUAAUAUGCAUCCCAAUCAUGGAAUUGGACCACAGAAUUCGACGUCUCCGUUCCAAGUACAUUCUACGUUGACUAAAUACAAACCAAAUCAACGAAUUACAGUUCAACUUCGAGGCCCCCGCCAAUUUAGAGGUGUCCUAUUACAAGCUCGGGUUCAGUCGGGAAAUCCAACGACGCCUGUUGGUACCUUUCACAUGGAUGGACAGCCUGCAAGAGACUUGAAAACAUUGACGUGCACUGCCCGCGACGACGCUGUUACUCACAGUAAUAGAAAUCUCAAAGGGAACAUUGAGGUUGUAUGGACCGCUCCAAAUAGAAACUUUGGUAACAUCCAAUUUGUGGCGACAUUUGUUGAAAGCAAGACCAGGUACUGGAUGAAUGUAAAAUCUGCACCAGUAUCAGGCUCAAUGGAGACGGUGAUCUUAUCUCUACCACUGUUGCUGGUGACAGCUCUAUCUAGUGUUCUCUACACACGCUGCCACAUGCCUGCGCAUGCGCCUCAGUGAAUCUUAUCUUUUUACCUCCUAUU